AUGUCGUACCCUACUCCCACCUCGCCGCGCAGGUCGCGACCCUAUAACGAUGAAAACUCAAGCUCGCCGUUGAUGAUUCGUACCCCCAACAAUCCAUUUCGAAGCCCGCUGACCGAUCUGUCAAGCCAAACUAGCCCAAACUUCUCCACACCCGGUGUCAGCCACUUUUCUCAGCCCCUGCUGUACACGUUCGUUUCCACGCCUGCCAUUGCUACCCCAAAACCUCGAAAAAAGCGUCGUGUUGCUCAAAAUGUCUCGCCGAACACUAGACGACGACUUACAGAAGAUUGGCAAGAGCGAAAUAGUGCUUCUGUGGAGAUGCAAAAAGAGGAAGAGGAUAGGGAUAAUCGGGCCAAAAAGACCCGAAUGCUUGACGAGGCAUUUAAAUCGAUACGAAAGGCGGGUUUCCCAACGUUUCGGCACUUCUUGGAGGACGCACUUACCGCUCACGACCCCUCUCAAGCAUCACAAAUAUCUCAACUUGUCAAAAACCACGGGCCCGCCUUGUUUUCUUUAGGUCGGAAAUUGCAGCCCGCCAUCGUCGAUGACUGGAUUAUUUCUUCACACCGAGAGCUUGUCAGCAUGCAGUGUAAGGCACUGGCAGAGCUAUUUCAGCCGCCGCAACUGUCCAGAGUCACGGAUACGCUUUCUCAUUUCUCAAUCAAGCAGUACCUUGCUGAUGCGGAACGUGUAGCACCUUUAAUAUGUGACAUUCUUCGACAAAUUGGCUACCCGAACGGCGCUCGAGAGUCAAAAUACAAGAACCGUGAACUGAUCAUUGCAACCGCUCUGUGUAUGCUUGCAAAGUCACGAAACGAGCAUGCUACAGAGUUUCAAACAACAAUGGGCAUGUACUUUCUAGCGUCUGGAACUCAAAGCUCUCUGUUUGCUGUUCUCAACCAUGCGGGCAUUUCAUUAUCGUAUACUCAGGUGAUUUUGAAGCUAAAGCAGCUAUCUCAAGAGCGGCUCAAGCUUGCACAGACUAUUGCUCGACUCCAAGCCUUUAUGCUUAUUUGGGACAAUUUGAACUUUAGAUUCAUUGUUGCUGAGCAGCGUCAUGAUGCAAAGUCGCAUUUUGACAGUGGAACAACUGCUACAAUGGUGCCAUUAUAUGGUUUUAAACACGGCGAGCUUUCUUAUUCUUUAAAGCCUCCCCGUUUGCGGCAUGUCUUAGAACUGGAUAUAAAAGCUGAAGACCUUUUACCGAGUGCCGAAGAAGCUCUUCGAGUUCAACAAGCGCAAAUCUGGCACAUUUCCGAUAUACUAUAUGAUGCGUUUCCAGAUCUACGAAAGCGUAUAGCUAAGACUAUUCCACCUUUUCCUUCCGUGCUGCAGAUUCCACUCCACAAAACUGAGCAAUAUCCGCUUCCAGCAAUGCAUAUCGAUGAAUCAAGCCUCGACGGCACACUACAAGUCUUUAACUCCAUUCUGAAGGACUCGCUAAAGCUGACCGAAGAGGAACUCAAAGCUCAUGGACUGAUCAUUUGCGCCGGAGAUCAGUUGUCGUUAUCACUUCUUGACAAGGUGUCUGCAAUCCGUCGAGAUGAUACAGACUUUAUGGAUAACAUUGGCAAAUAUACGCUAGGUCAAGACGGCCUUCUUCAUGUCAAGUUCUCGCACACGCGAAUGGUUGCUAAUGAGUACUGGGGUAAACCGAACUCAAAAUCACCGUGGUCGCUAUGGAGAAUCAACACGCUUCUAGGGCGCAAGCCUGUCUGCGCUGGAUGGACAGCAAAAUCUCCUGCUCCGUUUCGGCCUAUAUGGGAGCUUAUUUUGAAUCUCACGCUGCCGGCUCAUAUUCUUGAUGCGUUUCGCAUCUUUUGUUCUGAAGAAACUGUUGAAGCGUGGGUGAAAAAGGUUGAUCAUCAUGAUACAAUUGCUCUUGUUGCCCAAAAGAUACAUGACGAACUCUGUUCAGGCCACCGAGUGGCCCAGCUUCGUCAAGAGAGGGCUAUCAAACGUGACGUACCUCUUGAAAACAUUAUCUUGUUUAAUCGUGAUGCUUUGCACCUUCGACAACUCAAGUAUGCGAUCAAACAAGGUGAUGUGGGUGCCGUUUUGGACCUUAUUACUCAUUUAAUGCUCGCCUUUCGAGGAACGGGACAUACACCUAAAUAUGCUGAUGCAUUAUUUCACAUUGUCAUCAAUUUAAAGCGGAUGGAUCCAUUGCUUCGACGUGCCUGGCUGUUUAACUGGCUUGCAAAUCUGACCGGUAAACCCAAUGGUUUCAAAGAGAUGGAUCUUCUUCAAGAACAUUUAAAUUUUUGGCUAAAAGUAAUAUACAGUGCCAAGGGUGUUAACCGAACGUGGGCAUGGCUGAGCAUGGUCUCCGUAUGCAUAUUUGCGCUUCGAGACGUUAUUCGCAAUGUGCGCGAGGAGUUUUCAAUUCCAUUUAACAGCAUACGUCAUGCUAUGCCAUCAACAUCAACAGACGUAAACACAAUCCGCACCUAUCUUCAGGCCCAUCGACUUCAAGAAUUCUGUCCAGCUAGGGAAAACAAUGCCGCUGCAGUUGAAGCACGGGAUCUCAUGGUAAUAGGUGCUCAUUAUGCUAACAAACCAAGUGCGUUUCGCAAUUUCCGACAUACAAAGUUCAAAACAAAAAAUCAUGGUAAUGCUGGCGAGCCAGAUUGCGUAUCCGCUGAUGAAGCAGAAGAUGAAGAGGCCCAAUGUUUGGGUAAUAUUGACGUGGGAGAAGACCUUGAAACUGGGCUCGAAGACUUGCUUUUGGAUGAAGAAGAAUACCCAGAGGGUUUAGAUGCGGAAAAUGUUUUUGCUGCGGUUAAUGAGAUUAUAAAUGAAAUGCGUAGUUUAGAUUAA